AUGCAGCAGGCCAAGCGUAGAGACCGACCCACGACAAAAGAAGGCCUGACGGCCAAGAACUACUCUAAGUUCUUAAUCCCUAUCCAUCAAAUCCUUCGAGACAUCAAGAAUGAGCCAUGGUUCAAGCUGCCGAAACAAUCAAAUGGAGAUAUUUCCAAGAUGGAUCACACCAAAUACUACGCAUUCCACCAAGGCCCUGGUCACACAACCGACGACUGUUACACUUGGAAGAACUACCUAGAGAAGCUUGUGAAAGAAGGCAAGGUCGAAAGAUACUUGGACAAGCUAGCUGCGGGCCACCAACAGCUCCAAAAAAGGAAGAUCCAGCAAGCACUGUUAGUCUCACAGAUCCAAGCAGUCAACACUCAGCCCGGACCCAUCAUUGGCUUCACCGAGCUGGAUGGAGAAGGCAUCAAUUUUCCACACGACGACGCACUAGUAGUAUCUGUCCAACUAGCCAAUGCUAUAAUCAACAGAAUGAUGGUUGACAAUGGAAGUGCAGUCAACCUACUUCAACUCUCAAUCAUUCAGAAGAUGAGCCUGGAAAACAUAAUCAUACGCCGAGCAGAGGUACUCACCGGAUUCAACGAGCACACCUCAACUGCUAUCGGCCACAUCACACUUGACGUGAAAACACCACAAGUUGUCUCAAAGCAGAUGUUCAUAAUCGUAAGCAACCCAUCUCCCUACAAUGAGAUUCUUGGAAGACCUUGGUUGAUCAAGCUGGAUGCCGUCACUUCUGUCAAGUACCAAAAAAUAUGA